UGUUUCCUUCUCCCAUUCACACACAAUUUCCGGUUCUUAAAUUUUCUCCGUUUCUUUUGACGGAACAGAACGACCGUAAUGGUUAUCGAUGAUAUGUUGAAGAUGAGCAUCAUGAUCGUCCAUGGAGGUUCCUCUGCCUCUCGAUUCCUCGAUGCGUAUCUCAAAAGUUAUAAUAUAGAUAAUUUAUUGUGCUUUAAUUUUCUCUCGCGGGUGUGUGGGGAAUUUGUUAUUUGACUGAGGAAUAAUCUAUGCUUAUGGUGGAGGGAGUUAUUGUGGAGGUUAUUAGAUUAUGAUGAAGGUGUUUAUAAGGUUGUUUUCUUGAAUUUUUUCUUGGAAUAUUAUGGAAAAAUUAUUCAAACUACCAGCAACAACGAUACCCACAGAGGAAACAAGUUGAAGUAUGGGAGAUUCUCUUCUUACGGCCUUGUCAAUGGAGAAUCAUCAUCCAUCUACUCUCUUAUCAAUGGAUUUCAGUGGCUCCACUCAUGACGAUUUGGAUUUGGAGAUGAGUCGCCAAAUCAUUCUUCCCCGUCCGCCGGAUAUCAAUUUGCCACUGUCAGCUGAGCGUAGCCCGCCUCCACAGUCGUGGAAUUCAGAUACCUGUGACAUCUUAGAUGUGGGGCUCAGUUCUCAAGCAUAUGAGCCUGAAACCUAUCUUAAUAUCCCUAAGAUUGGACGCAAAUGCGCCAAGCGAGUUGAUAGUAUUUGGGGUGCUUGGUUUUUCUUCAGUUUCUAUUUUAAGCCUGUGUUGAAUGAGAAAUCAAAAGCCAAGAUUAUCAGGGACAGCAAUGGUGUUUCAGGGUUUGAUAAAUCUGAUCUCAAGCCUGAUGUUUUUAUGGUUCAACAUGACAUGGAGAACAUGUACAUGUGGGUUUUCAAGGAGAGGCCUGAGAAUGCAUUGGGGAAGAUGCAACUGAGGAGUUACAUGAAUGGGCAUUCUCGCCAAGGUGAGCGCCCAUUUCCAUUUAGUGUGGAUAAGGGAUUUGUUCGAUCACACAGGAUGCAGAGGAAGCAUUACAGAGGACUGUCAAAUCCCCAGUGUGUGCAUGGAAUUGAGGUUGUUCCGUUACCCAAUCUUAUGGGUCUUGAUGAGGAGGAGCGAAAGAGGUGGAUGGAACUCACAGGAAGGGAUUUGAAUUUUACCAUUCCAACUGAAGCAAGUGAUUUUGCUUCGUGGAGAAAUCUUCCAAACACAGAUUUUGAGCUUGAGAGGCCUCCUCCUCCAAUAAAGAGUGCUUCCAACUUGCACUCAAAGAAGCUGCUUAAUGGCUCUGGCCUUAAUUUGUCAACUCAACCAUCUAGCCACAGCAAUGGUGAUGGGAUGGACCUAUCACCCGUCAGCAGCAAAAGGAGGAAGGACUUUUUCCCGCAUGGGAAUGAUGAUGAUUGCUGUUUGGCUGUUAAUCCACCUUCUGACCGGAUUUGUGAUAUGGAAAUUCAGCCAAAUGAGCCACAUUGGUUGCAUGACUUCAGUGGUGUGAUGAAAGAUGUUUACGGACCUGUUACUGCUGCAAAAACAAUUUAUGAGGAUGACAAAGGUUAUUUGAUCAUUAUCAGCUUGCCAUUUGUGGAUCUUCAGAGGGUGAAAGUUUCCUGGAGGAACACUUUGACUCAUGGGAUUAUAAAGGUAUCUUGUGUGAGCACAUCAUGUGUGCCAUUUAUCAAGAGACAUGACAGAACUUUCAAGCUUUCAGAUCCAGAAUCAGAGCAUUGCCCUCCCGGUGAGUUCAUCAGAGAAAUCCCACUUUCAACUCGAAUCCCUGAAGAUGCAAACAUCGAAGCCUACUACGAUGGACCUGGAUCUGUGCUUGAAAUUAUGGUUCCAAAGCUCCGGGUAGGCUCAGAAGAACAUGAGGUUCGUGUUUGCCUACGCCCUCACCUUGGAGGAAAUGAUCUUAUGUUGACCUAGGGCAUGUAAUGAAGAAUUACAAGGGUGCUUGCAAUAGCUGGUGCUUCAUUGAUUGGCUGACGGUUGCAACAUACAGUGUAAUCUAUGAAACAAAAUGUGCCCCUAUUACUUUAAUCUCUUAUUCAAUGUUUUGUUCACUAAUUGCUAUGUUUCUUAUCCCAGUGUUUCUGUUUAGCAGUUGACUGUAAUUACAAUUGAUUUUUGAAAUUGUAUCAGUUAUAGUCAUCUGUAUCAAGUAUUAAAACCUUGAGUCCAUUUGUUGGUGGGACAACAUUUACUUGGACUUUACUUUAGAUUUGAAGAAAGAAGAUUCCCAAGGUAAACUUUCA